UGCUGGCGGCGCAUGCGCCCUGGCCCCGCCGCGCCGCGGUAAGAUGGCGGCGCCGUGAGCGGCCGUUGGCCAUGAGGAACCUGCGGCUGCUCCGCGCCGCCGGGCGCCGCCCCGCCGCCAUCCCCCCCGCCGCCCCGCAGCGCUUCUGCCUCGGCGCCGAGCCCGGUGUGGUGCUGGUGGGCUCCCCAAAUGGCCUGGUGGAGCUGGGCGCCGCCGGGCAGCCGGUGACAAGAGAAGUUUCUUUGACUGCAGAGGGUUUUAUGCCAGAGGAUGAAAGUGGCUCCGUCGUCGGUAUCGAAGAUAUUCCAGAGCAAGAAUGUGUGUGUGUUGCCACAGCAGCUGGAGACAUCCUGCUGUGCAAUCUCAGCACAAAGCAGGUGGAAUGUGUCGGAAGUGUGGACAGCGGCCUGAGUGUCAUGAGCUGGAGUCCCGACCAAGAGCUUGUUUUGCUUGCAACAGGUCAGCAAACUCUCAUCAUGAUGACAAGAGAUUUUGAGCCAAUUGCUGAAAAGCAAAUCCACCAAAAUGAGUUUGGAGAAGGAAAGUUUGUUGCUCUUGGCUGGGGUAAAAAGGAGACGCAAUUCCAUGGAUCAGAGGGAAAACAGGCAGCACAUCGCAAGCAAACGGAAGUAUCACCUACUUCAACCUGGGAUGACAGCAGGCCUCGGGUGACAUGGAGAGGAGAUGGGCAGUUUGUUGCCGUGAGUGCUGUCUGUCCAGAGACAGGUGCUCGAAAGGUCCGGGUGUGGAACAGGGAGCUUGUGCUGCAGUCAACAAGUGAGCCCAUCUCGGGAUUAGAACAAGCACUGGCCUGGAAGCCCUCUGGAAACUUGAUAGCAUCCACGCAAGAAAAACCCAACAGACAUGAUGUGGUUUUCUUGGAGAAGAAUGGACUUCUUCAUGGGGAGUUCACCCUCCCGUUCCAGAAAGGGCAGGUCAAAGUUAAUGAACUGCUUUGGAAUGCAGAUUCCACGGUCCUGGCUAUAUGGCUGGAAGAGCUGAAGACUGAAAACUCCAACCCAAGCAGUUACGUUCAGCUAUGGACCACAGGGAACUAUCACUGGUACUUGAAGCAAAGUCUGCAUUUUGGCAACAUGGAAAAAAAUAAGCUGGUGUCACUGCUGUGGGACCCAGUGGUCCCAUAUAGGCUGCAUGUGCUCUGCCAGGGCUGGCAGUACCUCUACUAUGACUGGCACUGGACCACAGACCAUGGGAUGGGGCAGAACAGCCAGCACGUGGCAAAUGUGGCUGUCAUAGAUGGAGAUAAAGUGCUUGUCACAGCAUUCCAGCAUGCUGUGGUGCCUCCACCCAUGUGUACCUAUGAGCUUCAGCUCAAACAAGCAGUUAAUCAGGUCACAUUUCACACAGAUCCUAAACAUAGUGGAGACAUGGCUGUCCUGGAUGCUGAUAACAAGAUCACUGUAUACAGAUAUGGACAGAGGACAGUGAAGGACCCCGCUAUCAGGUUAGGAGCUGUGGGUGGAAAUGGAUUUAAAGCCAAUGUGGAAACGCCACACCUGGAUAAAACAUACAGGGUUGAUUUGGGCAGCAGCGCUGAUGAGAUGAUGCAUCCUCUUGGGCUCCGAUGCCUGACCUGGCUGCCAGAUGACAGCUUCCUGGUGGUCAGUCAGGAUCAGCAUGCUUCUCAGUCUGUCCUUCACCACCUGACUGCAGCACCUCAUGUGACUGGAGCUGAAGAAGAGCACCUGAAUUUACGGUUGUCUGUGCCUGUAGAUGGAGAAGUGAUAAGCCUGUGCUGCAGCCCAGUGACCAAAACUGUAGCUCUACAGCUGGCCGAUGGACGGAUCCUGAAGUACCUCUGGGAGGCUUCUCCUCCAGUCCUUGAGCCCUGGCAGAGUAGCAGUGGCUGUGCUGUCCAGUUCCCCCAGCUUUGUGUGCAGACUGCUCUUACGAGGAUCGGUGGUGAAGGUUUCUUUCCUUCAGUGGGUAUCCAGGAGGUGAUCUUGGGCCUCACUGAUCGAUGCCGUUUUUUUGUUAAUGACACUGAGGUUGCUUCCAACAUCACCUCAUUUGCAACAUACAAUGAAUUUUUGUUGGUGACAACCAACUCCCACACCUGUCAGUGCUUCUGUUUGAAGGACCUAACAGUGAAAGCCCUUCAGGCUGGCCUGAGCAGUGCUGCAGUCCCUAACAGCGAGACACUGCGCAAGGUGGAGCGAGGCUCGCGUAUUGUCACUGUUGUGCCCCAGGACACAAAGGUUGUGCUACAGAUGCCAAGAGGAAAUCUGGAGACUGUUCACCACCGAGCUCUGGUUCUUGCCCAGAUUCGAAAGUGGCUAGACAGGCUUAUGUUCAGGGAAGCAUUUCAGUGUAUGAGGAAGCUGAGGAUCAACCUCAAUCUUCUCUAUGACCACAAUCCCAAGGUAUUUCUGGAAAACGUAGAAACCUUUAUCAAGCAAAUAGAUUCUGUGAACCAUAUCAACUUGUUUUUCACAGAACUGAAAGAGGAAGAUUUCACAAAGAGCAUGUACCCGACUCCGAAUGGUAGCAGUAAUGCUCAACCACGUCAGCAUCUCAAUCAGAAGAAAGUAAACCUCGUAUGUGAUAUGAUGAGAGUUGCCAUGGAGCGUAUUGACCCUGAAAAAUACUGCCUAUCAAUACUGACAGCACAUGUAAAGAAAAAUCCUCCAGAACUGGAAAUUGCUCUCCAGAAGGUUCAUGAUCUUCGAGAGAGCAUUUCUCCAAAUGUCACAGCCGUGAGUGCAGAGGAAGCACUAAAAUACCUGCUUUUCCUUGUGGAUGUCAAUGAAUUGUAUGAUUACUCCCUGGGCACAUAUGACUUUGAUUUAGUCAUCAUGGUGGCAGAAAAGUCUCAAAAGGACCCAAAAGAAUACUUACCCUUCUUAAAUACUCUCCAGAAGAUGGAGACCAAUUAUCAGCGGUACACCAUAGACAAACAUUUGAAGAGAUAUGCAAAAGCUCUUGGACACCUCAGCAAAUGUGGUCCUGAACACUUUUCUGAGUUUCUGAACUUGGUGAAAGAUCAGAAUCUGUAUUGUGAAGCCUUGAAGCUGUACGCCUCCAGCACUCAGGAGUACAAGGAUAUCAGCGAUGCAUAUGGGGAGUAUUUGAUUCAGAAACAGCUUUAUGAACAGGCUGCACUGAUAUUUGCUCGGGCUGGCAUCUUUGCAAAAGCACUCGAUGCAUUUCUGAGCAGUGGCAGCUGGCAGCAAGCCCUGUGCAUGGCUUCACGGCUUGGUUACACAACGGAUAAGCUGUCCAGACUGGCACAGAGCAUGGCAGGAAAACUGGUUGAACAGAGAAGGCAUGCGGAGGCAGCCAUGCUCCUGGAGCAGUACGCUCAGGACUAUGAAGAGGCUGUUCUCCUCCUUCUAGAAGGGGCUUUGUGGGAAGAAGCUUUAAGACUGAUUCACAAGUAUGAUAGGCUGGAUAUCUUGGAGACCAACUUCAAACCUGCCGUCCUGGAAGCCCAGAAAAGUCAGCUGAUGUUCCUAGAUUCUCAGAAAACAGCAUUUCUUCGCCAUAAGAGUCGCCUGCAGGUAGUCCGAGAGCUGAAGGAGAAGGCUAGUGAGAGCCUGCAUGAUUAUGAAAUGCCAAAUUGCCCAGAAUUGGAUCUUUUCUCUGAAACCAGCAGUGUUGUGACAGCUAGCGACAUGAACAGCAAAUACUCACACAGCAAUUCAAGAAUAUCAGCGCGAUCCUCAAAGAACCGGCGCAAGGCUGAACGCAAGAGAUACAGCUUGAAGGAGGGGAGUCCUUUUGAAGAUGUGGCCCUUCUGGAAGUCCUGGGAGAAAGCGUCCGUGCUGUUGAGAAUGUGAAAGGAGAUGUACACAUCCUUCUGAAGCAGCUUGUACUGUUUGGUUUUGAUGAGCAAGCUGUGGGACUGCAGCAAGUCCUCGAAGAGGUUUUGCAGCUGAUGGAAACCUCGAUCCCAGAAAUCUGGACUCCAGAUGUGCAGCAGAGUUCUCUCAACCCGGUCCUGGGUCCCAAUUCAACUGCUAACAGCAUUAUGGCUGCCUAUCAGCAGAAGAGAAUGCUGGCUCCUGUUGUACAAGAUCCAGAGCUACUCAUUCCACCAAAACUCAAUAAAAAUCUACAGUGGAAACUGCAUCUUCUGCAGUAACUAAAAGCCAAGGAAUCCUAGAGGACUCUGAACUGUUACUUUUCAUUAUUAUUUCAUUACACCCUUAUAUAAAACCAUUGUUGUCCUGCCGUUCCUGCUCUGUUGCUCAUGGGGCUGUCCCUGCAGGCGAUUAAGCUGUGCCUGUGACCCAUACUGCAUCGUGCUAGUGGUGACAGCCGCUUGCAUCCCACAGCAGAGCUUGUGUGCAGGGGUGGGGAGUAGCAGGCUGUGCAGAUCUGAAGGCUGCUGACUGAACCCAACACGUGCCACCACUGUGUCCUCACUUCCAGGUGAAGCAAACCCACGAGUGCCCAGCGGGUGCUUUUCUCUUCAUCACACUUCCUCCCGUGGCUGGUACAGUACCUGCCGUGAGGGCAGGUCACGUCUUAAGCUGCUCAGCCUGGCUUAGAGAUCUCACCAGUAAGCCUGUACUAGUGUCAAACUGCAGCUGGUAACCAAGUAAGUUAUGUUUCCUCUGCUGAAGUUGAGUGUUGGUAAUAGCAGAUUUUCAUCAGAAUCACUUUGUUGCAUUAGAGUGAACCCCGCAUUACUGACAGCCAUUACUGCCCUGCUGAUCGUGCACCAGGGACAACUUGGGUAUGUGAAAACAUGGGAAAAAAAGCUGGGGAGGGAUACUUGUGUUGGUGUUGCACGCUGCUGGGUAAUGCUACCCCAGUUAUCUGUGCUUGAUGCUGCUGUGUGGCACUGGCAGGUGAGCAGCUGUGCCCUCUGUGCUGUUGCAGAACAGUUUCAGAUGGAAACUGAUGUGUAAAUUCAUACCUGAGGAUUAAACUUUCCUACAGAAUACUUCUGCAAUCUGGCCCGAGAAGUAACAGCACCGGUGUGGGGAGCAGAGGAAGGGGACAAGCUCUGCGGAUGAGGCUGGUGCUUUCAGUGGAAGCAGCGUUGCUCCACCCACCCCAGCCCUUCCUCUCAGUUAAUUUUGGCCUGGCAGCUUUGUGUUCAAUGCAGUUCAAUGCACCGUGGGAAGAAUGCCAGCACCAACAACGUAAUUCCUGUCUGUUGUAUCUGCUGCGUUCUGCAUGCAUGGCAUUAAUGUGUCUGGUGCUGCAGGUUAUUGUUUCCUUGGUGUGGGAGCUCCGUCAUGUUGGGGUGGCCGCAUGAGCCUGCACUGUGCUGGCUUGGGAUGGUUGGAGUGCAGUGGAAAAGCAGUCCUUUGUCAGCGUUAUAUAAGCUUUGGAGCGGUUUUACUUCCAUCUGUUCUGAGUUACAUGGCCUCUUUGGGUGGUGUGGGGAUGGCUCGAGCCUGUUUUCGAGCAUUGUGAUGAGUCUGGAAAGGAGGUUGUACGAACACAAAGCCUGAAGGCAGCAAAACACAUGGACAGCUGCAGUGGAUAGCAGCUUUUUACUGGGCUUGGGUCUUCAAGCUGGUAGCAAAAUCUAGUCCAAAGUGACACGGAAAACACUUUCUGAUCAGGGAAAUAAGUGAUGAAGUCUGCGGUCCUCUCCAGUUCUGGCCCUGCAACUGAAAUGUGGCAUUGACACUGCUGAUGCCUGACACUUCAAUCUGAUGCUAGGAAGUGCUUAGGUCUUGUUCAGCCUUAUCUAUUGCCUAGAAAAAGAUUUGCUUCUUAAAGAUCCCAAGAAAAGGCAAAACUUCUGCUAGCUUGAUGGUAAUUUCCUUGUGCCAAACACACAAGUUCCUUUAAAGUCUGCGUUGGUUCUUUUGUUUUUCCAUCAUGGUGCUAGUCAGAGCUGGAGACCCUUUUCUUAGACAUGUUCUCCUGUUCUCCCAUCAAGGCAAAAUCAAUUCAAGUUUGCCAUGCAGGAGGAAGAGCAAUCUUCUUAAUCAUUCAUAUCAUAACUCAGAUAUGAGGUGGUUGUCUCGCCCUACCUGCUCUGCCCUGGGUGAACUCCUACAAAGGAGCAAUAGAGCUGGAACCAGCACCUACUGCCAGUGUGCCUCCAGAGGGGAGGUCCUGCAUCCUGCUGCUACAGUCCCUGAACCUUUGCUUCUGCUUCAGCAGUAACCAGGAGUUUCCUUGCCCUGGGUUUCUGUUUGGAUGUUCUUUUGCCUCCGUUGCAGUGCAUCUCGCUUCAAAACAUACUGUGCCUUAGCUACUGUCUUUGCAGGUACACUGAAUUUGCUCUUAACGUUUGUAGAGGCUCUUGCAAACAGAUGCAGCUGAAGUAAGUCAUUAAAGCAUAAAUAGAGUUAAUAUAAGAACUGUCCCAGUUUCUGAGUAAAUGUGAUGCUGGAAGCCUGCUUCUCUCGUCAGGCAGUAGUUUGCCACCAGUCUGCUGUCCUGCUUCAUUAAAUACAAAAGAAAAAAAAAAAAAAAAACAGACACUGUCAAAACUAGUGUAGCUGUA